CUUACCUAUGCUUUCGUGCUCGCUCAUUUUGUAUACGCAUUAUUGCUUUGGCUCGAAUUGGUUUACUGUUUCAAGUAUUUCACUAAAUAAUACCUAGAGAAAGCUCUAUAAGAAUUAUCCGAGAAAGGAUAAUGAAAUUUGUUUUUUGUUAACGUAGCAAACCAACUGGGUGAAAGCAGCAUCGUGAUAGUUAAACAAAACGCGUCGUCAAAACAGUGCGAAUGGAUACGGAAGAGAGCGGUGGCUCGAAAGGCAGAGGUCGUGGACGGGGCCGUGGCUCGCGGGGUGGUGCCCGGGGUAGAGGACGUGGACGUGGCCGGGGCAGAGGCAAGAAGGCAUCCCGCGUUAUUUCCUCCGACGAGGAGGAGGAAGUUGGCUCCCCCGAACCGGAGAAAGAGGACGAACCGAAUGAUAGCGUAUUGCCAUCAGCCAAGGGACAUGAUUCUGAUGCCCUUAAAGAACCUGCGAUAGAGAAAGAACCGCCGCUAGCGGAGGAGCAUGCAGCUACCAGUAGCGGUCCUAUUGUUAUUGACAUGGAGGCUGAUAUUUCACAGUUGGAGGCACCAACAUUUACCACGAUUACCCGGGGGCCACCCGAGCCAAUGUUGAGAUUAAAUUGGGACCACAAAGUGAGUCUAAUCGGUGAGAAAGUGCUCAAUCCAAUGAUAUACAUUUGCGAUCAGUGCGAUAAACCGAUACUGAUCUAUGGUCGCAUGAUUCCUUGCAAGCAUGUCUUCUGUCUGAAAUGUGCUCGUUCGGAGAAUCUUAAAAUCUGUCCCCGCUGUAAGGAGAAAGCUGUGCGAGUGGAGCAGACGGGGCUGGGGACGGUAUUCAUGUGCACCCAUGGAGGAACUCGCUACGGAAGCACCGGUUGUCGCAGGACCUACCUUUCGCAGCGUGAUCUCCAGGCUCAUAUCAAUCAUCGGCAUGUGACCAAUCCGCCCCAACCAGUCCCGCCACCUCAACUUCCGCUGGUACCUCAAGCACAAUCCCAACAGGUUCUGGAUGCCAAAAAUGUUGGCGUUGGAAUUGGGAAUUCGCCGGUGCGGAAGAACUCGUGCGAGCAAAUGAAUUCUCCUCGAGCUACCGCUGGAGGCCGGGGUGAUCAGGGUCCUCUGCCAUUGAAUUAUGUGUCUAGUGGGUAUGGUUCAUCAAGUGCUGCAACUCAAUUGAUACACAAUAUGUCCAUAAGUCCCCAGACAGCGCACUUAUCCGGCCGAUCGAGUUAUACACAACAAUCCUCCCCGCAGCACUCAACCUCUUCUUCCUCAUGGGGACAACAAUCUUCGCAAUACUACCGAUAGAAAGUGGUAGAUUGAUACCGGCAUAAUUUUCAACAAUUUUCUGCCGUGGGAGAUUACUUUUUAUUUAUAACAUAACAACAAAAAUAAAUACAUUUUGAAUAUA